GGCGGCGGCGGCCAUUUUGGUUACAGAGUGAAAGUGACAGGAGCCGGGGAGAGUGUGGGAAGCAGAACACCGGCCCUUCUCUCAGUCACGUCCCUCUUCCCUUCCCUGCCCCACCAUGUCGGAGAAGCUCGGUACCGACAGCCGGUGCGAACAGACGGGCGACGAGAAACAGGAUACACAGGAGAAGGAAGCAGUCAUCCCUGAGAAAGCAGAAGAAGCAAAACUAAAAGCCAAAUAUCCUAAUUUAGGACAGAAGCCAGGAGGGUCAGACUUCCUAAUGAAAAGACUGCAGAAAGGGCAAAAGUAUUUUGACUCGGGUGACUACAAUAUGGCCAAGGCAAAGAUGAAGAACAAGCAGUUGCCAAGCACCGGGCCUGACAAUAACCUGGUGACAGGAGACCAUAUCCCGACACCACAAGAUCUUCCACCAAGAAAGUCAUCACUUGUAACCAGCAAGCUGGCAGGAUGGAGAACUGAGGCACAGAGAGACUAAGUGAUUUGCUCAUUGUCACGAAGGACGACUGAGACCAAGCAAGGAACUGAACCUGUAUCUCCCAAGUUUCAGACUGGAAAUAAGGUGUAAAUUUUUAACGGUGAGAGUAAUUAACCAUUGGAACAAUUUACCAAAGGUUAUGGUGGAUUCGCCAUCACUGACCUUUCUUAAAUAGAGAUUAGGUUUUUUUCUAAAGGAUCUGCUCUAGGAAUUAUUUGGGGGAAGUAUUAUGGCCUAUGUUUUGUACGAGGUCAGAGUAGAUGAUCACAGUAGGCCCUUCUGACCUUAGAUUCAUUCAUAGAUUCCAUAAUUCUGAGUCCUAGGCUAGCACCUUAACUAAUAGCUGAAAUUACAGAAUAACUAACUCUGCACUGCAGCCUGUUACCAAUACAAAUAUUUUUAAGUCUGUUGGAAAGGAUUAGGAAGAGUGUAAAGCAAACAUGGCUUUUGUAGUUCAGAAAAAUGGGACAAUAAUUAUGACCCUUCUAAACACAUGAGGAUGCGUGGGGAAGAGGAAAUUCUCUUUGAAGAUAUAGGAUUUCAGGAUAGAAGGUCACCAGCCUGUUUUAAAAAAACAAGAACAAAAAACACCUGAGAGGAUGGAGUGGAAAAGCAUAAAGCAUAAAAGCAAACUUGCAUUAAUGACAUAACACAUUAGUAGCUUGGUUUUUUGUUUUGUUUUUCCUGCCUGUGUCUGUUUCAGGCCUGAAAACCAUGUUGAUUCAAUGGAUGCAGCCUGUGGAAUGCAAGAUCACAACUGAUAAUGCAUGUCAAAUAUGGUCUUCGUGUGGCAUAGAAAAUACAGCAUUUCACUGGGAACAGAGGAUCGGACUGCAUUUAUCAUCUUGAGGAAUAUUUUAGCAGAGAUGCAAUAGUGUAUUGGGUUAAAAGGUGUUUCACUGGAAUGAUGACUUUAAGAUUUCAGCAUGCAGCUUUCUGUGCUAAAAGAAAACAUGAAUCUCUGUUUUAAGUCCAGAAUUUAAAGAUUUGGGUUUGUUUUUUUGUUUUUGGGGACAGGGGAGGGAAUCUGUUGAAUCAGUUCAUUCUAUAGGAUACCCUAUCAAGGUGAAGAAAACCAAGUGAAAGGUAACACUUGAAACUCCACAAUUGAUGUAGCUUUGUCUACAUACAUUCUCUACUAUGCCUUACUUUAGGGACUAAAAAUUACCAAGUAAUUCAUACAAAGGUCUGUUUCAGUUGACCAUGUUUUGCUGCUGAUGAUUCUAAAUGGGAAAGCAUGGUAUUGCAUCUAGCUAAUCAGGGUAUUCCUAAGAGUCCUGCUUCAAAAAAGAAGUAAAAAGCCAAGCCUGACAUAUCGUACAAAUCAACAUCCAUGUUUCUGAGGUUGUAAAGAACCAUUUUUUUCUUUUCAUAGAGACUGGUCAAUAAAAAGUCAAUUUCACCAGAGUGAAAAGGAGACCGGGUUUAGCGGGAGUGGGGAACUCCUUCUUUGUAAAUGUGUAAUUUCAUUCUUUAGUCUCCGUCUCCUCAUGCCUUAUGUCCAGGUUCCAAAGCAAUCUGAGAAGGUUGGGGGAAAAGCUACUGGUGUCUUGUAUAAUCUCCUCAAAUGUCUUGCUGUUUGUUUGUCCCAGCCACAUUGUAAAUAGAUAUGAAUCAUAUAUAUAAAUAUAUAUAAUUUUUUACAUCAUCUUCAUCUCUAUCUUCUAUUCUAUGCUUUUUUUCUUCAAAAAAAACCAAACAAAAAAAAACCCCCACACUUGCACCACUAAGUACCUGUUAGCUGUUGGCUAAAUCUUCAUGGUGUUGAUCUCAGUGAAAUCUUAUUGACAAAGAGAACAGAGGGGAAUGAACAUGUCGAACCAUUCCCCCCACUCCCUCCAGGAUUCAGGAAAUACCAAGUGUAUUUAUAUAUAAAGGAGAAAGAAAUUACCUUCAAAAUACUGGAUGAAAAACAUCAGGAGAGAGGAUUAUUUUAAAAAAUAAACUUGUCUCAAACACC